AGGAAGGAGAGAGAAAGCUAGCGCUCAUGCUUGUGACCCAGAGAAUUGGUGUCCCCAUGUUCCCUGUAAUUUAUGUGUGGGCCUCGGGAUGGCUAAACAAGAUUACCAUAGUCAUAACAAACCCCACAUUGUUCAACUGUCAAUCUGGAUGUGGUAUUUUUACCUUUUGUGCUCCAAUCGGGGGUGAAUUCAAUGGUAGCAGUCGUUAGUGAUAUGAAGGUUGGACUGGCCGGGAUAGCCGUGGCUAAUGUUGGAAGCAUGAGCAGGAACAAGUGUUUUGAAAUGCAAGGAGAGGAUCAAGCAGGGAAACAUCUCAGUUCCAAGUCAAUAGGACCUGAACCUUGGAUGUAUUGUCAGCUACUGUACACUGUAAAAAAAAAAUCAUUUUCAGGAGGGAAUCAAUUGACAUAUUCACCAUGAAAUGUCAGUGGCUAUUAAAUGAAAGAGAGGUUUCUAACUUCUCGUUGAAAAUUGUUGCAUUGUCUUUGGUCGCACAAUACCUCCAAACUCAAAUGGUUACCCCUUUAGGUUAGCCUUUUGUUUUUUUCUCUCCAGGCAUUUUCUGUUAACCAGGCAGCAAGGGAAUACUGGUGUGGAAGCAGCACUCUCAAGUUAACACCUCACACAAUGCCUCCGGCUGUACGGGAGGCUCGACGACAACACACGUCACACAAUGGGACUCACCCCGCUAUAAAAAUGUGCGAUGCAUGCGUGCACCAGCCAUCCCCCUCUCUCUCUCUCCCUCCCUCCCUCCCUCUCUCUCUCUCUCUCUCUCUCUCUCUCUCUCUCUCUCUCUCUCCGCACACAGCAGUAGCCAGUGAGCAUGAGAAGACUGGAUUGAGUGGAUGUACCAACUGGACACACCUCUACAGUACGGAUAACCUGAGAAAGACACGUUUGGAUAACCCGACACCUUCGCAGUACUCUCACAGCAGCAUCAUGACCAGGAAGGUGUUCACCAACACCCGGGAACGCUGGCGCCAGCACAACGUCAACACCGCCUUCGCCGAGCUCCGCAAGCUCAUCCCCACCCACCCCCCCGAGAAGAAGCUGAGCAAGAACGAGAUCCUGCGCCUGGCCAUGCGCUACAUCAACUUCCUGGUGCAGCUGCUGGAGAGCCAGGGCGGCCAGCCGGCCUCCCACUCCCCCAACGCCCUGCUCACCUUCCUCAGGGGCAACGUGGAGCGCCUGCAUGCCUCCUCCCGGCCCUGGGGCCUGGGCCUGACCAGCGACACGGACGCCCCCUCUCCCGGAUCCAGCUGCGACAGCUCCGAGGCCUGGUAGAGGGAGCCUCUAAGCCCAGGGAGGCACCGGAGUGCUGGGUACCUGAGGUGAAGUUGUGACAGCCUCCCCCCCUCUCUCCCAUCUACAGACUCUUAUUUGGCUCUGAGCUCAGUUGAAACCAGCGCCUGGGUCGGGCAUGCAGAGGAUAUGUUUGUGUCCCAGCGGAAUGAAACGCUGGUUGUAGCUACCCUGUCCAUCAAGUGUUGAAAUGUUAAGAAUGUGGAGAGCGGGAGCCUUUUAAAUUCAAUCUGUAAUCUGCAUGGAUAUAUCUUGGAUGUCUUCUCCCGUCAUGUCUUCAGUUAACGUACCUGUCGGUUGGAAUGGGGACGAAGGGAGUUUUUAAAUAUGUGCAAAAUGUCCAAGACUGUUCUAGAAAGGUGUUUUUUUUUCCUUGAUAAAGGAGCGUCCGAUUCACCAGGGACUACAGGCUAUUUUACAAAAACCAGGGCACUUCACCUCAGUGUUGACCUGCUGAUUUCAUGAUGAGAAUGAAUCUGAACCCUACUUGUUUACAGCACUAGAUAUGAUCAAGUUCUACAGUUAAAAAAGAACAACAACUUUCUUUUCUUAUUUAUUGGGAUUCCAGGGAUUGAGAAGUUGAGUGACGACGAUCCUCUUUGCAUUUCGUUAGAAGGACCGUCUCGUCUGUCUAUUGAACUAUUUAAGCGUUCGCUCUAUUUGUACAGGCAUGUCAUGUAGCCAAAGAUUAUUAUUUGACUCUUGUUUCAAUAUGGUUUUGUAAAUUAUUUGGAUUUAUUUGUGAAUAUGUUAUUUAUAUGUUAUUUAUUGGAAUUUAAUAAAUUAUUU